GUUUUCCUCCCUAUCGCCAGACCACUCCUACAGUAAGCUCGAUAUCCCUAGGUUUUUGCAUCUAUUCGAUAUCGGGGUAAGAUGAACAACCGCUCGAACGGUUUUGAGUCCUUUUGUCUUGCUUUCACAACCUCAUGAAAUAGGUCUUAGUCUUACCCGCAAUGGCAACUUCCAAUGCAGUCGAUCUGCCAUCCGACACCUCUCUUGCACCGCUGAUGUUAGGGCUCAUCUGGAGUAUGACUGCCAUUGCUGCUAUCGUUAUUGCUCUACGACUCUUCACCUCGACGACGGUGUCACGGAAGAUAACUGCCUCCGACUACUUGGUAAUCGGAGCACUUGUUUUCGGAGUCGCUUGCAACGCAUUGUUCACGGUCUCAGCGCACUUUGGUCUUGGCCGACACAUUUUCUACCUCAAACCAAAACAGCUUUCAGUGACCUUCAAAUACCUAGUCGUCGCACAACCGUUUGGUAUGGUUUCUCCUAUGUUCGCACGAAUAGGCUUCGCAACAUAUCUUCUCCAGCUCGUGGGACCUUGGAGGCUGAACCGCUAUAUUCUGUAUCUGGUGAUUGGAAUGGAGGUCCUAGUGAACCUGAUCUCGGUUAUCCUUUACCUCUCCCAAUGCGGUACUCAUUUCACCGACCUCUGGGACGUUCAACAGGCCUCGACCGGACACUGCAUACCGAGAAGCAUCACGACAAAGUUUGACUAUUUUCAGGGCGCUUUCAAUACGUUGGUGGAUCUCGUCCUUACCUUUAUCCCGAUAAGACUUGUCACAAGCCUGAAGCUUUCACGACGUAUCAAGGCCGGGCUGAUGGUUCUUCUGGGCAUUUCGCUCCUUGCAUCUAUUGCCAGCAUCAUGCGCACCUAUCAGUUGAGUGUCUUGAUCAGAAGCGUAGACUUUACGCGCGCCUCGGCUGCAUUUGCUAUCUGGUACAACGUCGAGAAUUUUGUUGUUAUUGUCGCCGCAUCAAUCCCAACCAUUCGCCCGCUUUUCACCCGAGACAAGAAUCAAAAGCCAGGUAGCAGCAAGACACCACUGUCGUACGGCACAUCAAGCCAACGCACCCAUGAUCAUGAAAAACAAUCUCCUGGAAACGCCUUCGGUGGUGGGGUCUCUGCAGGCGCCGACAGGGGCACUAUUCUGCGCUCUGAUACUUGGGACGUGUCUAGAGACCCUACGCCAGAAGCGUGAUCACUGAAGUCAACAAGGUGCUGUGGUGCUGGAAGGAAUCCGCUCAAGUCGGACGACUUCAAAGGAAGACAAAAUGGGAGCGGCAGCACAUUCAACGACAUGUAUGCAAUUGUUGAUACCGGGUCUCUGCCGCUGCUUGAGAAAGCAUUACACGAAAGGGCGUACAAGAAAGUGGCAGCAGAGAUCAAGAAGCAUCAACGCAGCAUAACAUUUCGUC